GUUAAGGCCGUUAGGGUUUUUACUUUCGCCUUUGUUUUGUGUUUUUCCAUUCCCAACUCCCAAGUGCCGUAUUGGGAAUUGGGAAGUCUGCAUCUGAGGGAAGCCAGCUUCUUCUUGCAACGCCUACCACCUUCUGCAGCUGCAAACAAGACUGGCGAGGCGGCUACCUCUUUGCAGCGGCGAACAAAGACCGGCAAGACACGUUCUUCGGCUGUAUAAUUCAUGUACUGUUACUGCUAGCAAAAUCGAGUCUCUUGGUAAGCUACAAUGGAGAUCAAUCUGGGAAAACUCCCCUUUGAUGUUGAUUUCCACCCGUCAAGCUCUCUUGUCACUGCAGGUCUGAUCAAUGGCGACCUUCAUCUGUAUCGUUAUGCUGCUGAUUCACAGCCUCAGAGGUUGCUCGAGAUUCAUGCACACAGCGAAUCAUGUAGAGCUGUUCGGUUUAUCGACGGGGGGCGUGCAAUCCUGACGGGAUCUCCUGAUUGCUCCAUUCUUGCCACGGACGUGGAAACGGGUUCUGUGAUUGCUCGUCUGGAAGACGCUCAUGAAGCUGCUGUAAACCGCUUGGUCAACUUGACGGAGACAACCAUCGCAUCAGGAGACGAUGACGGGUGUAUUAAGGUUUGGGAUACCCGGCGACGUUCUUGCUGCAACUCAUUUGAUGCCCAUGAAGAAUACAUUUCUGAUAUGACAUUUGCAUCUGAUUCUAUGAAGCUGUUGGCAACGAGUGGAGAUGGGACAUUAUCUGUUUGCAGCCUUCGAAGAAAUAAGGUCUUAACACAGUCUGAGUUUUCCGAAGAUGAGCUGCUGUCUGUGGUUAUUAUGAAGAAUGGUCGAAAAGUUGUUUGUGGAACUCAGACUGGUACUUUGUUAUUAUAUUCAUGGGGACAUUUCAAAGAUUGCAGUGACCGAUUCAUUAAUCUCUGUCCAAACUCCGUUGAUGCACUGCUGAAGCUCGAUGAAGAUAGAGUCAUUACUGGAUCAGAGAAUGGUCUGAUCAGUUUGGUAGGCAUCUUACCCAACCGAGUAAUACAACCAAUUGCUGAGCAUUCAGAAUAUCCUGUUGAGCGUCUUGCCUUUUCUCAUGACAGGAAGUUUCUUGGCAGUAUUUCACAUGAUCAAAUGUUGAAGCUUUGGGAUCUGGGUGAUUUGUUGGAAGGUUCUGGGGAUACCCAGAAGAGUCAUGUAGACGUGUCUGACAGUGAUAGUGGUGAGAUGGAUGUUGACAUUGAACCCCAGGAAUCUUCCAAAGGAGCCACAAGAAAGAGGGCAAAUAAAGGAAAGACCCUUCAGAGUGCUCCUAGCAGUUUUUUCGCAGAUUUGUAAUGAAGUGGGUUAAAAAUAGGCUUCGCGGUUUUUCUUUUCUUUUUAUUUUAUUUUAUUUUAAUUUUUUGAUAAAUGCUUACAAAAGAAAAUUCUCAUUUUAACUUUAGCUUUUUAGGCAUGACACUUGAAAAUUUUGCGUGCAAAUUGAGCUCCAUUCAUCCUUGACCUAUCUAUUUAGAUAUCUGGUUUUUCUUGAAGUGAGAACAAUUAUUUUAUUGUU